AUGGAGCAGUACUUUGGUUGGAGCGUUUCUCUGGGUCUUCAGAGCCUACAGGGUGACAACCCAAACCAAGUGUCCAGAACUGUUUCCACCAUCAUUUUGCAUCCAGACUACGACAGCUACACCAGCAACAACGACAUUGCUCUGCUCAGACUCUCCUCACAAGUCAGCUUCACAGACUACGUCAGACCUGUGUGUCUGGCAGCGAGUGGCAGUGUGUUCAACAACGGCACUGAUAGCUGGGUCACUGGCUGGGGUGCAGUCCAGGAGGGAGUUUCUUUACCGUUCCCUGAAACUCUCCAAGAAGUGGAGGUACCAGUUGUGGGAAACAGACAGUGUGACUGUCUGAAUGGUGUGGGCACAGUCACAGACAAUAUGAUCUGUGCUGGUGUUCUGGCAGGAGGCAAAGACUCAUGUCAGGGGGACUCUGGAGGUCCAAUGGUGAGUAAGCAGGGCUCCGUCUGGGUCCAGUCUGGUGUUGUCAGUUUUGGUUUUGGCUGUGCUCGGCCCGGUCUGCCAGGAGUCUACUCCAGAGUGUCCCGUUACCAGUCCUGGAUCAACUCCCACAUCAGCAUUGAUAAGCCAGGCUUUGUCCAGUUUACCUCCAGUGGGCUGGAUGCUGACAGCAGCUACACCUGUCCUGGUCUCCCUUCUUCUACAACAAAACCCCAAAUAACAUCCACAACAUCAUCCGCAACAACGAGACCAAUUCCAGUUUGUGGCAAAGCUCCCAUGAACAGUCGUGUUGUCGGUGAAAGUGGAGCUGUACCUGGAGGAACCUGGCCCUGGAUGGUUAGUCUCCAAAAGAAUGGGGUCUUCAUGUGUGGGGGAACCUUAAUUUCACAUAACUUUGCCCUUUCUGCUGCUGAUUGCUUUCCUACAAACAAUACAGAUGUCAGUGAGUGGAAGGUUUUCCUUGGCCAUCGACUUGUAAACAGUUUUGAGAAAUCUUUGGGUGUUGUGAGCAUUUUGCUAAGUCAGAUAACCGGCUCCAAUAUUGCACUUUUACAACUGGCUGAAGCAGUGAGCUACAGCGAUUACGUCCAGCCUGUGUGUCUGGACAUCAGCAAUACCAGACCCUUCCCAAUUGGCAGCCAGUGUUGGGUGGCAGGUUGGGACAAUGGACCCCAAAGAAGAGGUGGCAGUAAAGCCGGAUCCUCUCUUCGAGACCUAGAAACUCAAGUGGCAAGCUGUGGGAAUGUUUCUGAUUCACAGAACAUCUGCACUAACACCAUGGACCUUCGAGAGGGGGAUCGAGGAGGCCCUCUGCUGUGCAAGUCAGACACAUCUUGGUUCCAGGUAGCUGCUGUAACAAUGAGUGGGAGUAAAUCGGCCCGUGCAGAUGUCCAGGUCUUUUUCAAGACUCCAAGAUUUGGAUCAUUCAUUGAAAAGACAGUGGGGGAUCUGCCUUCUCCUGCAGCAGUUCUAACAGCAGAUUCACCACGUUUUUCAUUGUCUCUAUUCCUGUCUUUCACCGUCCCCAUAACCUCAAUGUCUCUGUUGUCUGUGUUGAUGUAGGCGGUUAACCCACUGAAGUGACAGCAGUGAAAUCUCUCCGUAACCUCUGAUUUAUAUACUUACAUACAGUAAUGAAAACAAAUCUUCACAUGAGGUAUUUCUGAAGAAGUUUACAUUUUAUAACGGUAAAGCAAUAAAGAGCAUUUUGUUCUUAAAUAAAGGAAAUUUUUUAAUGAAUCCAGUUAAAUGAAGGAAAGUUUUAAAUUAUUCUAUUCACUGCUGUUACCUAGUGUUGACAAAUGUAUUGUAAUUUAGUCAUAUUUAUAUAAUAAAUACAGAUCAAUCAUACAAUAAAUGUCCUUUUAUUUCAUUUCAGAAUUCUUACACCAGUUCACAAUGUCAAUAUAAAAAAUAUUCAAACAGUAGUACCCAGGUGUUAAGCAUGUUCUUCAAAGGUUUUAAAGUACAUUAUUUGAUAAAACAGGUUAUCUUGUAAAGAAGUUUUAAAUUCUACACAAUUAAUGCACAAUACUUGAAAAAUAUAGAUACAGAAAUGUUUCUUUGGUCAGAGUAUUAAUAAGCUGCUCAGUUCAAACUGAGGAUUACAAAAGUGUAAAACAUACCUCUAAAGCUCCUGUCGCAUCGUACCACUUAGUAAUAAUCACUAGUCACUAGACACUAAUAGCCCCUAUGUUUACAGUCCAGCCUUCGAUUGGAACUUAAAGCAAUUCUAACCCUUUCAUGAGCGUGACCCUAUCAAAGAACCAGUGUGUGCUAAUGAUGUAUCAGACAACUAUUUUUCCUACUCUGGGUAUUUUGGUCAAUUCAUUUCAUAGUGCUGAAAUAUAGAACUACUCAGUAUUAAUGAAGACAUUUACAUGGAUUUCUUCAAUUCUGGUUGGGCUCCAAACCCCAAAUGAAUGAGUGACUAAGGGAGUGAAUUCUGCCAAAACCAAGCAUCUUUCAAUGUAUCGAAUGAAAAUAAAAUAAAAACACUGUUUGCCUGGUUGUCAGGCUUGGGUUAGACACAACAAUUCCAUGUUGUGUCACCUUUUUUUUCUAUCAUUGAGGGCUAUGAAGAAAGCAUAGACUCACACAUCAAUUUGUUUCCCAUCAUAGAGGACUGUCUGACAGCAAGGAAACAUACUGAUAACAUUCUAAAAAUACUCAAACACAUUUAACGUUACAAAUUGCUAUAGGUGGCCUUCAGCGU